CCCUUUCAUCUCUCUCUCUCUCUCUCUAAACCAUUCUCAUUCUCUCUCUUUCUUUCUUUCUUUCUUUCGUUGGUAGUACUGCAUAAACCACACCUCUUAUAACUAAUUAAGAUAUAAUUAAUUCUCCUCACCAAACAAAAACACAUAUCAUCAAUAAUAAUGGGACACCACUCAUGCUGCAACAAACAGAAGGUGAAGAGAGGACUAUGGUCACCAGAGGAAGAUGAGAAACUCAUCAACUACAUUUCAACCUACGGCCAUGGUUGUUGGAGCUCUGUUCCAAAACUUGCAGGUCUACAAAGAUGUGGAAAGAGUUGCAGACUAAGAUGGAUAAAUUAUCUAAGACCUGACCUUAAACGUGGGAGCUUCUCACCUCAAGAGGCUGCCCUCAUCAUUGAACUCCAUACCAUUCUAGGCAACAGAUGGGCUCAAAUAGCGAAGCACUUACCAGGAAGAACAGAUAACGAGGUGAAGAAUUUUUGGAACUCAAGCAUAAAAAAGAAGCUGUUAUCAGGCCAUGAUAAUCAUCUUCAUCAUCAUCAUCAUAUCAUUCCAGCUGCAGCUUUAACCUCUUUCUCUGAUCACAUUCAUUUCCCCAACACAAUCACACCAUCUGCUUUUUCGGGAGAUCAUUAUCAUAAUCAUGAUCAAACUAGUAGUUUGUUCACUUUCACCGCUGGAUCAAACCCUAACAACAAUAUUCUCACCUCUCAUCAAUCACAACCGAAUCACCACGAACAACAGCAGCUGUACCUUCCCAUAAUUAAUCCAACGGCCACGUCACUCGUGGGGACCACAACUCAAGGAUUGUUCUACAACAACAACAAUAAUAAUAAUAAUAAUACUAAUGAUAUUUCAUCAACGACACUUAAUUAUGAUUCUUCAUUUAUGUCGUUUUUAGGUUAUAAUCAUAAUCAUCAUCAACCUGCUUCAGUAACAGCUCCAGCCCUUGAGAAUAUUAUAAUAAGGUCAUUACUCGAUCAAAAUCUAAGCGCUGCUGCAGAUAUUAUGAUCAAUGAUAAUUAUAAUCAUCAUCAUCAUGUAGUUGAGGACAAGCCUGAGCUUAUCAUCGAUCCGAACAUGAUGAUAUUAUCAUCAGCUUAUAAUGAUCAUGAGAACACGUUAAUGGCGGCCCCCUCCAUUUCCAUGCCGAAACUAUGCGAUGAUAUGGUUGAUCACAUGGGUAGCUUGUGUUCCACGGCACCAUUAACGUUAGCUGCUUCUGCUUCUUCAAGAUCAGCUGUGGUUGUCUCAAGUUUCCAGGAUUCUAAUUGUGUCCCAAAUGUUAUUACAAGUCAAACGUCCGAGUACAAUAAUAUUGAUGCAAUGAUGAUUAUGUCGUCGUUACCGUUAUCUUCAUCUUCAUCGACUUUGUCGUCUCCCUCCUCAUGCAUAUCAGCAUUGUCAACGCCGUUACCUAACGGUCAAUUCGUGAACCAGCUCCAAUCCUAGCUUAUAUGACUAGUUUGAUAUAUAAAUUAUAUAAAUUAUAUAUAUGUUAUUUUACAUUAUUAUAUAUGGCAGUAUGUAAUGUACGUAGUAGUACAAGAGUAAGAACAAAUCAUUCGAAUAGUGAUUAAGGUAUUUUUUAUAUAUGUAUGGAAUUUUUAUGAAUAUGCUUGCAUGGAUUUAUGAA